GGCGGCCAGGCCUUCCCGGCCCCUGCCCGUGUCCGGGAAGGGACGUGGGCUUCCUCUCAUCCCACAAGUAUUUAUUCAGCAGCUACUACGUCCUCGUCGGCCCUGAGGAGGGGCCGCACGUCGGGCUCCGGGCUGGACGGGGCCAGGAGCAGCAGGCCUGGCAGGGCCCCCGGCACACGGCAUCUGGGAGGGAGCCUCCCAGGCUGCAAACUCCUCUCCAGCCAGGUCUUCCUCGUUGUUUACACUCAGGAAGCUAGGCCCCCGCCUCCUGGUCCUGCGUUCAGCCCCACUGCAUCGAUCAGGAAGUGAUCAUACAAGGCAAGCUUCUCCUGUUUCAGGGAAAGCCCAUUUAUGGCUGUGGCAUAUGGUCUCCCCGUGCUCCUGCUUCUGCCCCGGCCAAACCUGGUGCUUCCCCACGUGGCCCCGUGUGCUGUAGUGUGUUGCCUUCUUUCAGAAACUACCCAGCAUGAGUGAAGCUCCCUGCAAAAAACGUGAUGACUAUUUGGAAUGGCCUGAGUAUUUCAUGGCAGUGGCCUUCUUAUCGGCACAGAGGAGCAAAGAUCCAAAUUCCCAGGUUGGAGCCUGCAUCGUGAAUGCAGAAAACAAGAUUGUGGGCAUCGGGUACAAUGGAAUGCCAAAUGGGUGCAGUGAUGACCUCUUGCCUUGGAGGAGAACAGCAGAGAGUAUACUGGAUACCAAAUACCCUUACGUGUGCCACGCGGAGCUGAAUGCCAUCAUGAACAAAAACUCAGCAGACGUGAAAGGCUGUACCAUGUAUGUCGCCUUGUUCCCGUGUAAUGAAUGUGCUAAGCUUAUCAUCCAGGCAGGUAUAAAAGAAGUUAUUUUCAUGUCUGACAAAUACCACGACAGCAAUGAGACAACGGCCGCGAGGCUCAUGUUUGAAAUGGCUGGGGUUUCCUUCAGGAAAUUCACACCAAAGUGCAGCCAGAUUGUCAUUGACUUUGAUUCAAUUAACAGCAGACCGAGUCAGAAGCUCCAGUGAGCUACAUCUCAUUAAAUCUCCAGAAGAUUGGGAUUAUCCUCUUCUAAGAAGCUGCUAAUGCCUUUCAUCUUGAAGUUACACAUAACUUUUUAAUAGCCGGGACGGCAAAAGUCGACAUCUAAAGAAUGUAAAACCUCAAAUCUUCCUGACUCACUCUCCUGUCACAUGGAAUCUGCAUCUGUUGAAACUAUUGAUUUAGGGUUUAAAAUAAAGGAGCGGUAGACGGCCCAUCACACGGGGCUGGAGCGGGUGCCCCCUCCUCCUGUCUCCUGGUUUGCUGGGAUGCUGGUGGCUCUGCAGAAGGGCAUCAGCUGCGUGUUGGCUGCUGUGUUUCACAGCCGCUCUUCAACGCCACGUGUGCUGGCAGGACAAAUAAAUAACUGCGGUUGUGUUCCUACCAGGAUGGGCAGACACCCUGAUCUGAACAUCUGGCCCAAAUGAAGCAUCACAUGCCAUGCCCUUGGGGGAAAAAAAAGGACCCACAGAACAGUAGCAUUUUAAGUAUUUGCUUUCGAGAAUUGAGGGAACCCCCCCCCACCCACAGACCCAAAAGUCCUGGCUAGGGUGCACUUUCGUCCUGAGAGAUGAUGAGUGCAGCUGAGCUGGGGGUUGUUUCUUCGCUUCUGCUGUCCUGCUACCCACAGGGUGGUGACAUGGUGUCCCUCUGAGGGGUGUGGGCCCCGGUUGUUCUCGCCUCUUACUUUGGGUUUGUGGGUGACCCGGAACUUUUUCAUUAGUUUAUCUGAGUCAUGAGUCAUUCCCGGAGGAGGCAGCCUAUCUCUCCACGUUGCCCCCAGGCCCAUGCCCUGCCGGGGGACGGGUUGUGUGGGUGGGAGGAUGGGGAAGCACCUGGUGCUUCACGUGCCAACAGGUUCCUUUCCAAGGCCGCUCCUUCCUAUCCUGUAAGUGAAACGUGAGGAUAUUUCAGUUCUGUCCAGAUCUGUUGGUGAUGGGAGCUCACCUGUGCUCCUGCCGUCCUGCCUUCAUGGACACACAUCUCACCUUCCUAAUCACUGUGAUUUGGGGAAUGGGUAGCAGUGCACCUUGUCUUUAAUCUCAUUUGUUUUAUUAAACGUGCUCAGUACUUUCGUUGAGAAAAUGGUUUCUUUAUCCUGAAGAUGACGACGUUUUUAAAGUGCUCUCGUAUCUGUGUGAGUUUUUAUUUUGUCUCCGAGGUUUUGGGCUCCGUAUUCUGGGGCAUUGGCUUUGUACCAACAUUAUUAAAGCCCACCACGCCGAGGUAUGUUCACUUUUACAUUACAAUCACGUCCUUGACUCUGCGUUUCUCUCACGUCUGUGUUGUCUGUGCAGCACACGGCAUGUGCUUCUGUGCUCAGAGAACAGUUUGAGGCACGGAUGCUGGGUGCCUUCCCCAGGGCUGAAGGGUGAUGCGUCUCUGUGCACCAGAUGGAAGGUGUCCAGGAGGCUCUCCCCCUCUCCCUCUCUGGCGGGCCCUGCGCCUGUCUCAGGUGUGGCUAACAGGUCAUCUGAUGGUCCCAGGCCCCCUCCCUCCCAUGAGCCUCCAGUCUCCAGUUCCGGCUUAUCUGCUGCUUUGCUCUCCGUAUUCUUUCUCUCAACUUCCUUUUCUCACCUCAAAUUUUUUCUCUAUUUCCUUCAGACCCCCUGCCCUCUGCUCUAAAGUGCAUAAAACAAAAGGACUGUAGAAGAAAGAAAUCAGUAAAGAUACUUAAAGAUAGAAAAUAUGUUAGAUGUUUAUGUUGCUGUGAAUGAGAUGUGAGCCCUUUCAGCGAGGAGUGUGUCAUCGUUAUGUCACAUUCGUAAAUACAUCUGGGGGCUAGUACCCUGUACGGUCAGCCCUCUGUGUUCGCCGAUUCCGCAACGGCGGAUUCAACCAACCUCAGAUCAAAAAUGUUCAGGAGAAAAAAUUCCAGAAAGUUCCAAAAAGCAAAACUUGACUUUGCCGUGCACAUUCACAGGCAGAUACUGCGUUUUUCAUGUAUUGAAGGUUUAUGACGACCCUUCUUGGAGCAAGUCUGUCCGCGCCAGUUUUUCAACAGCAUCUGCUCACUUCGUGUCUGUGUCACAUUUUGAUACUUCUCACAAUAUUUUAAACAUUUUCUUUAUUAAUGUUUAUUAUGGUGAUCAGUGAUCUUUGCGGUUACUGUUGCAGAAAGACUAUACGACUCACUGA